AUGUUAAUCAUGAUUUAUGGGAAUCUGCCUUCUCAAACUCAGCUAGCUUAUUGGAAAUUAGCAAUUUCUCAGCAUUCAGUUGUUCCCCAAAGAUUAUUGGAUAUGAUUCAGUCCAUGCCUCAAGAUGCAUAUCCAACUGAUGAUUUUGACAGUGUGAUGAGUGCUCUUUCUCUCUUUCAUCCUGAUACAAACCCUGCUCAUAUGGUAACCAAGAUUUACAAGUCAGCUCAAGUUAGUGAUAAACAGUUAUUUCGUAUUCUUGGACAAGUAUUGUUGUCACCUACUAUUGCAGCAGCUGCUUUUUGGAGGACGGCAGGGAAGCGUUAUGUUCUUCCUUUAGGAAACCUUUCUUAUACAGAGAAUUUGAUCUAUAUGUUAAACUCAGAGGACAAUAGGUAUUACAAGCCUAAUCCUCGGCUAGCUCAAGUGUUGGACACCAUCUUCAUACUGCAUUGUGAACAUGAAAUGAAUUGCUCCACUGCUGCUGCUCGGCAUCUUGCCUCUAGUGGUGUUGAUGUGUACACUGCUAUUGGGAGAGCUACUGGAGCUCUUAAUGGUCCACUUCAUGGUGUUGAGGCUGUGCCUAAGAUGUUAUCAGAGAUUGGGAAGGUUGAAAAUAUUCCAGAGUUCAUAAAAUGCAUGAAGAACAAGAAGAGGAAGCUGUUUGGUUUUGGACACCGCAUAUAUAGAAACUACGAUCCGAGAGCAAAAAUCCUUAAGAAACUGGUAGAUGAAGUGUUCUUCAUUGUUGGAAAAGAUCCCUUGUACGAAGUAGCAGCUGCUCUAGAGAAGACGGCACUCUCUGAUGACUAUUUUGUUAAGAGAAAGCUUUACCCAAAUGUUGAUUUCUGCUCUGGAUUAGUCUAUAGGGCAAUGGGAGUCCCAUCACAUUUCACCAUAGUUUCACGUAUGGCUGGAUACUUAUCACAUUGGCGUGAGUCGUUAGAUGAUCCUGACACAAAGAUCAUGAGGCCCCAACAGGCGUAUACUGGGGUGUGGCUAAGGCAUUACGGACCAGAGAGAGAAAGAAGAGUCAAGUGA